UGCGUCUCCUUCCUCUGAAGCCUAACCACUCUCUCUCCCCCCGUCUUCUCUCUCCUCAAAAAGUUCUCUCCGUUUCAAACCCUUCAAAGUCUUGAACCAAGAACAUGGCUCCUAGGGAUGGACCCGCCGCUCUCGCCGCCUCCAAUCCGGCCCACACUGCCAAGGAGAUCCGAUACAGAGGUGUUCGCAAGAGGCCGUGGGGGCGUUACGCCGCUGAGAUUCGUGAUCCCGGCAAGAAAACCCGUGUUUGGCUUGGCACUUUUGAUACGGCGGAAGAGGCGGCGCGUGCCUACGACGCGGCGGCUAGGGAGUUCCGUGGCGCGAAGGCCAAGACUAAUUUCCCGUGUCCGUCUGAACUUCCGAUGAACAACUUCAGUCGCAGCCCUAGCCAGAGCAGCACGCUUGAAUCGUCAUCGCCGCCGCCGCCGCCAGUUGCUCCUCCACCGCUGGAACUCUCCCUUGGGACGUACACUUCCGGCGGUGCUUUGGGGUUCCCGGUCAUUCCUGUAGCUCGCCCGGUGAUGUUUUUUGACGCGUUUGCUCGGGCGGACAGCAUGAUGGCAGCUGCCGGCCGUCGUGAGAUGUGCGGCUUUGAACGGCCUUUUCUGGAGUUCCGCCGCUCCGCCGGCGAUGGCGGUGCCCACAGUGACUCUGAUUCGUCCUCCGUGGUGGACUACGAGCGUGGCUCGCCUCGCACAGUCUUAGAUCUUGACCUCAACGUUCCUCCUCCGGCGGAGGUUGCCUGAUCUGGCUGUGUUUUGAAGAUCCUCCGGCCAAGAUCCGACGUUUUUUAUAUAUCUACUUCAUAUUUUUUUUCCUAGUGAUUUUAGAAAAAAGGAAAGGAAAAAAAAAAAAACAGUCUUUCGAAGAUGUAGACAGCUGGGAGAGAAAGUAGCUGACAUGCUUAGGAUUUGAUGACGACGAUAAUAUCCGCACGUUGUGUAAAUAGAUGAUAACAGAAUCCCUUUUUGCAGCUUGUGUGAGAACUUGACAAGAGUUUCUCUCAUAUGGUUGUUUCUGAAUUUACUAUUCAUCUUUAUAUAUAAUGGAAAUCAAUCGAUCUCUUUUUUGUUCCCA